CUUCUUUUCUUUUCUGUCACUGUCACUUGUCACACCUUAAUUUAAUUUUUCGAAUCUUAUUUUCUGAAUUUUAAGACUGGUGCAUUGGAUGAAGUGAGAUCCAUCAGAUCGGCCUAAAAUUAGCUGAAUCCUUUGUGAUGGGAAAAAGGGAAGGGAGAAUCUUUCUUGACCGCCAGAUUGUGAAAAGCAACAACUGGUGGUUUCUUACUUUUUUGUGAUGCACACCGAAAGAAUCGAGACGAAGAGGAGGUGAGAAGGAAAAGUUUAUCAACACUGACAAUGCCAGGUCUAUUUCUUGUAGUUUAUGAAUCUGUUUCUUUUUUACUUUUACUUUCUACAUCUACAUUUACUUUUUACAUUAGAGUCUUAAAACUUAUUUAAUGUCUUUAUCUUGCACCGGGUUUUGAAGUAUAGCUAAAGUCAUCAACAACAACAACAACAAUACCCGCAAACUACUAUACCACCACAAAAUGCUCCCCGCGCAACAACAACUGCCAAUCCCAUACAUUGUGCCUCCCCAUCUGGAGGAAUACAACAUCCCGCUGUCCGCUUUCGCGGCCGCCCGUCCUCAGUUCCACAACAUCGUCGGCGGUGCGUUCAUCUUCUCGACCACCGUGCCGGACGCCGUGACUUCGAUCACCACAUCUGCUUCUGUUCCGACAACUACAAAGGGAACAGCACAGGGAACGACAGCGCACAUAUUCCCAUUAGCGUCUACACCUCCACCUGUACCUGUCUCUGCAUCGUCAUCCCCAUCCCCAUCCUUAUCGCCCUCAUCGCCCUCAUCGCCCUCAUCGCCCACCCCAACAGCAGCAGCACAAUCCCCACAAACCCCAACCUCCUCCGCAACCUCCACCCCCGCAACAACCCCAGGCACGAUCCCAGACGACCACCCCCACAGUCUCGCACCCGAUGAUGAUCUUCGGAUGCCCGAACCCAAAACCCUCCUCCUCCAACGCAGCAUCACAGACUCCUACCCGUGCCACUGGGAGAACCCCGGCGGCCUGAUCGACCCCGUCCGCGACGCCACCGUGCUGGCGGGCGUGGCGCGCGAGGUCCGCGAGGAGACGGGGUUCCACGUCUCCCGGUUCGUGGAUCUCGUGUGCGUCGACGAGUGGACCAAGAUGAAGCGCGGGGUGCUGCUGCAGGAGACCAAGGUGACGUUUCUAGUGGAGGUGAGGGAGGCGGCGGCGGUGGGCUGGGAGGAGAGGGUCAAAUUGGCCGAGGGGGAGCAUCAGGCUUUUGUGUGGGUGGGCGAGGAGGAGGUGCGUGGGAUGGUGAGGGAUAAGGGCAAGAAGCGGAAAGCCAGUGGCAGGUUGGGAGUGGGGUUUAUUAAUGAGCAAGGGGGGAAUUUGCUGAGGGGGUUUGAGGUGGUGAGGGGGUCGAGAGGGUGUUGAGUUUCUGGAUAUUGGGGUUGUGGUGAUGGAGUUGGAGUUUGAUGGGAGGGAGGUUUGGUGGGUUUUGUAUGGUAGAUUGAAAGGGACUAUUUGCGGCUGCGUUUUCGUUUUCGUUUUCGUUUUAGAAUGGUUCGUGUAUGGUAUAACAUGUGCAUUGUAGGUAUUGUGGAUGAGGUUAUGGUACAGGUUUAUCAUCAUGGAAUCGUCAGAGAUCUUAUAACUUGCUUUCUGGCACAGAGUUCGGGUGUUCUUGGGGUAGUAAGCAUCCUGAGAAGAAUUGGCCGAUCUGGCGAUAAUCGUCGAGACUGAGCACUGUCGAUACAUCUAGAU